AUGCCUCCACGUAGGGUACCUACUCGCAGUAACCCGCAAGGACAAGAGGACAUACAAGGCCAGAUUAACACCCUACGGGACACCAUUACCCAGAUGCAGACUAAUGCAGGGGAAAUGUUUCAAAAUAUUUUGAAUGAAAUCAGGCGCCACCCUCACAACGCGACCAAUAAUAAUAACGUCGCAAGUGGCUCAGGCACUGGAGGAACCGGUAGUGGUGGACCCCAACCGCAGCCAGAACAUGGAGCGGCUGGCCGAAAUAAUCAAGAUCUGCUGCUGACAUUUAGGAAGCACAAGCCGCCCUCCUUUCAAGGAGGACACGAUCCAAUAGUAGCUGUGCAGUGGCUACAGGCCAUGGACAAAAUAUUCAGAGUGGUUCAAUGCACCGAUGAUCAAAAGGUGCUGUUCUCAGUGUAUAUGUUGGAAGGAGACGCCCAUCAUUGGUGGGCUAAUGCGUCCCAACCCUUGGUGAUGCAAAAUGUGGCAAUUUCGUGGGCCAUGUUCGAAGAAAUGUUCUUGGAAAAGUAUUUCCCGAUGUCAAUCCGGGAUAGCAAGCAAGGCGAGUUUGAUCGACUCGUGCAAGGAACCAUGACGGUGGAUCAGUAUCAUGCUAAAUUCAACGAACUACUCCGACUGGAAACUUACCGAGGAACUAUGCCCAUGCCAGACUUUCUGGCAGCAAAAUUUCAAAGGGGUUUAUCCGCUAGGAUUGCGGAACUGGUAGCUGGCAACGACCCCUGUGACCUAGCCACCCUAGUGAACAGAUGUUGA